AUGGCUCACAACGCGGCCGCCGCAGCUGAUCACGGCCAAGGCAUCCGGACGUCGUCGAGGUGCGUCGUGGACGGCGCGACACACGAUUUCGUGGUGAUCAACUACCCGCUGCUCGAUGGCAUGUGCAUCCGAAACUGCGUAAUCUCCAGUGCGUUCAGGGUCGGCGGCUACGAUUGGAGCAUCAUGUUCUACCCGGACGGAGUGGAAGUAGCCGGCUACGCGUCAGUCUACUUGUGUUAUCUCAGCCAGGCCAAGGGCGGGGUGAGGACAAGCUUCACCUUAACCAUGCUGGACGAUCAAGGCAACGUACAUGCAACGCCGGAGCUGCCUGGCCGCCUCCACCGCGCCCUCAAGAACGGGAGAGGCACCGACAUCACCCUCCUCGUGGGCGGCAGGGCGUUCAGCGCGCACAAGUUCAUGCUGGCCGCGCAGUCGCCGGUCUUCGAAGCUCAGCUCUUUGGCCCGAUGGCGCAGAAGGACAUGCGGUGGAUCAAGGUUGUCGACAUGGAGCCGGCCAUCUUCGAGAUGCUUCUUCACUACAUCUACACGGAUUCACUGCCGCCGUGUGGCGAAGACAAUUACGAUACAGCCACGAUGCAGCAUUUGCUAGUCGCCGCGGACCGGUACGGGCUGGAGAGGUUGUGUUGA